AUGUGGCUCACCGACCAACAGAAAAUCGGCGCGGGCCUCGUGUCGUUCGGCACCUUUUUCAUCUUUGUGGGCAUUCUACUCUUCUUCGAUGCUGCGCUUCUGGCGCUUGGGAAUGUGCUCUUCACCGCCGGUAUUGCGCUUCUCAUCGGACCACAAAAGACUUUCUAUUUUUUCGCGAGGAAACAAAAGAUUCGAGGAACCAUCUGCUUCUUUGCCGGCAUGCUCCUCGUCUUUUGCAAGUGGGCCGUCAUCGGUAUGCUCGUAGAAGCAUUUGGCUUUCUCAAUCUGUUCGGAGACUUCUUCCCGGUCAUUCUCAACUUCUUGCGGCAGCUUCCAGUGAUCGGCAACGUACUUUCAUUGCCAGGUGUGGCCAAUGUUCUUGACAGACUCGCAGGAUCGCGUCAAUCAGCCGUCUAG